UGAGGACGUGCGUCCGAAAACAUCACAGAUCAUAACCUGUACCUGGCUGUCAAGGCGCGCCGAGGCAAGACAGCGAGCUUUCCUCGACCUAAGCCCGGAUCUAGCCUCCUGUGUGCGGAAGUUCGAAUGAGCAGGGCCACUCAUGGCCUGCGUCCAUGAACCCACAGUGCCCUCCCCCACUCUCUCGGGCUUCAGCACCCCCGUGUCAGAGCCGCCUUUCCGCAGACGAGAUGCCGAUACCUCCGCCUGCACCCCAGAAACAGAUCUGACCCCCACCCAGUGUGUCCUGCGCAAUGUAUUGUCCAUUGACACAGGGGGUGCUGUGGUGCCAGGCAAAAGCUGUGCCCAAAGCUGUGAUCAGACCCUGACACCCAGCUACGAACCGGCGGAGCACUUUGUCAACAGCGUGCUUGAGUUGCACGAAAGUGGGGCAGUGGCAGAGGUGGGACCCGAUAUGGAGGGCGGCGCCACACGCAGCCAGUCAGGCAGUACCGCCAGACUGCACUGUCAGUCAGAAAGUGGAGGCUUCCUGGAGGGGUUGUUUGGCUGCUUGAAGCCAGUGUGGACCAUGAUUGGAAAGGCCUACUCAACUGAACACAAGCACAGUCAAGAAGAGCUGUGGGAGGUGCCGUUUGAGGAGAUCUCAGACCUCCAGUGGGUGGGCAGCGGGGCACAGGGUGCCGUGUUCCUGGGGAAGUUUCACGGAGAGGAGGUGGCAGUCAAAAAAGUGCGUGACAUCAAAGAGACCGACAUUAAGCAUCUGCGCAAGCUGAAACACCCCAACAUCAUCACGUUCAAGGGUGUAUGCACCCAAGCACCCUGCUACUGCAUCAUCAUGGAGUACUGUGCUCAAGGGCAGCUGUAUGAGGUUCUGCGAGCAGGUCGCAAGAUUACACCCUCCCUGCUGGUAGACUGGUCCAUGGGUAUCGCAGGGGGCAUGAACUACCUGCACCUCCACAAGAUCAUCCAUCGAGACCUAAAGUCCCCAAACAUGCUGAUCACCUCUGAUGAUGUGGUGAAGAUCUCCGACUUUGGUACAUCCAAAGAGCUCAGUGACAACAGUACCAAGAUGUCCUUUGCUGGCACGGUGGCCUGGAUGGCACCUGAGGUCAUUCGCAAUGAGCCAGUUUCAGAGAAGGUGGAUGUCUGGUCAUUUGGGGUGGUUUUGUGGGAGCUGCUGACGGGUGAGAUCCCCUACAAGGAUGUGGAUUCCUCCGCCAUCAUCUGGGGUGUUGGUAACAAUAGCCUGCAGCUGCCCGUCCCAGACAGCUGCCCCGAUGGCUUCAAGAUCCUCCUGCAGCAAUGCUGGAACCAUAAGCCCAGAAACAGACCCUCUUUCCGCCAGAUUCUGCUCCACCUGGAUAUCGCUUCAGCCGACGUGUUGUCUACCCCACAGGAGACGUACUUCAAAUCCCAGGCCGAGUGGCGUGAGGAAGUAAAGCAUCACUUUGACAAGCUCAAAUCAGAGGGCACCUGUCUGCACCGGCUGGAUGAGGAGCUGGUGAAGAGGCGCAGAGAGGAACUAAGGCAUGCUUUGGAUAUUCGAGAGCACUAUGAGAGGAAGCUGGAGCGAGCCAACAACCUCUACAUGGAGCUUAAUGCCGUCAUGCUGCAGCUGGAGCUCAAGGAGAAGGAGCUUCUCAGAAGGGAGCAGUCAUUGGAGAAGAAGUAUCCUGGAUUCCUCAAGCACAGCUCCACUUCCAUGGAGAAGUUUAUUAAGAAGAGACACAUCCCGCAAAAACUGCCAUCACUCAGCAAAAGGCCUGAUAUCCUGAGGUCAGACGUGAUCUUUCCUAAACUGGAUUGCUCCCUGACUCAGAUGAGUUUCCCCUCCUGCCCCAACAAGGGCUCCACGUCACCAAGUCGCUCACAUCGAGCAAAGACACGCCACCGCAAGGCCGGCAAGGGCAGCAGCGGGGACCUCCUGGGGCUGAGGGCGACGCUGUCUUCAGCCAGCCGUGAAGUCCCCGCCACUCCCGCCGGUGCUGUGCCCCACUGCUCUGCAACCCAUGGCACCACACCUGAUAGCGCCAUGCCUCCCAAGCAGCACCUGGACCCUAGUGCCGCCCUACGGGGUGUUCAGAAUGACCAGUUGCAGAAGAAGAUGUCCUCCUCCAGCCCUGACCUCAUUUCCACCGCUCUGGAGGCUGAGGGUCAGAGCAAAGGGCGGUCCUCCGGGCUGGAGAGAGGGGGCAGCCAGAGUGCCUCGGCGGGGCUCGGGGAGGCCGUGGGCGGGGACGAUGACCUAGAGGAGACUCCGCCCCGCAGUGACACCCCCAGCGAGGAUGCCGCCUCAAUCCCAUUCUCCAGCAGCCCGGACUCCCCUUGCGGAAGAGGGGCAGCUGCCGGCCGGGGCUCUAUUCUGGGGAACCCCCGCCUGCCGAAUGAUGGGGACGAUAGGGGCGAAGGUGCCGGGGUCCCCCGUUUACCCAGGGGAGCGAGCGGAGGGCAGCACCUGACACCUGCGGCGAUCCUCUACAGGGCGGCGGUCACACGAAAACAGAGGCGAGGCUUAUCAUCAGAGGAGGAAGAAGGGGAAGUUGACAGCGAGCUGGAGUUUCCGCGGAGACGAAGGGUAGCCAGUGUAACCAAGUGCCAGUCGCCGUCCACCCUCAGCUCGGAGAACGCCUCCGUGUCGGAUGGGGAGGAGGGCAACACCAGUGACCACUCGCACAGUGGCACCCCGGACGUGGUCAGUACUAACACCGACGAGCGGUUGGACGACAAGAGUGACGAUCUCCUGUCCCAGGGCUCGGAAAUCCCCGCCGAUGCCCCCGACGCAGCCCAAGUGUCCGAUGGCUCCCCGUGCAAGGAUCCGGCUCUACGCCAGCUUAAUGCCGAGCAGAACAACGGCGAGAAUCUCGCCGCUUGUGACGACUCCGACUGCGACAGCGCGGAGCUCGACCAUUCGGGCCUCGCAGAGCCAGGUUCUCUGAACACCUCUGACUGUAAAGGACCCCCGCUUUGACAAACCAGACAGGCACGUGUCCGGACAACUUUACUUCCACCAGUGUCCCCUGUGCCCCAGCUUUGCAAAAACACCUCACCUUCAACCAGCCAAUCAGAAGCCUCCUUUGGGACGCCUGCAGAGCCACACGGUCCACAAACCUCACAAACGGGGACCUUUUAAAGCCGCAACUUGUAUCUUUUUAUAUUUAUUUAACGUCUCUAAAUGUAAAUGUGUAAAUUUCAUUAGAUGGGGAAAAUGACUGCAAAAACACUUUCUGUAGGACAGAUUAAGGAAACGGUGAAGAACCUGGAGGUGAUCUUUAUGGAACCUUUGGUGUUAUCAAAAUAUUUCCGGCACAGCUCGACAAACCAAAAUUACGAUUAUGCUUUUUUUUUUUUUUUUUUUAAAUUUUCACAAUUCAUCAGAUACUUCAGGGUUUUCAGGAGAUAGAUUGUUGUUUAUGACUAUUUUGUUGACCUUUUUAUGUACAGCGAGUUGUGAAGUUUUAUAGUUGUAAUACAAAUCUGAAAAUUAAAGUUUUGAAAGGAUCAUCUGUAGCAAAGUAGUGUACUAAGUGCUGCCAGUGGUAGAAAUUCACAGUCAGGUGAUCCAGCUGAAAAUCCAACAGAAGACAAACUAUCUAGACCUAAAAGCUAAAUAGAUGUUGUACUCAUAAUAGGUUUUAACUAGUCUUAAGCUUCUGGCACUUUAAAUAUCCCUUCCAGUGAAUCUCUAGAAUUAUUUCCAGAUCAAUACCAUAAGCAAUGCUACUCAAAGCCAACAUCCUGUCUCCACAAACACAAAUGUUUGUUGCCUGUAGGGCACACAGGCAGCUUGUUGCUCUGGCAGCAAAAUGGCCUCCAGCACGAAACUAGAGGGAAAAAAUAUUUUACCACUGAACUGUAACAUAGGCAAUGUAUUUAAUAACAAUGAAUAAACUGCACUGAUACUGAAUGUGUCAAAAAUGUUUACAUGUGGGAUUUACUGGGAUCUCUGAUUUACACAUUCAAAUGACAUCAACAAGUAACACCUUUUUUUUUCUUUUUUUUUAAACCAAGACAGUAAUUUGCUUAUUUAAAGGGCUCUUACACAGAAAUGUUAAGGCAGGCAAACUUAAGUGUCAUAACAUACUGAACUCUGAAAAAACUUCUGAGAUAGAUGAAAGCAGAGGCAAAGAUCUGCAAGUGCAUCAUUGUGACCUAAAACACACUGGGGUCAUCUUGCCACCCUGAAAAUAGUGUGGUUUAACAUUUUCAAGUUCCUUUCCUGGUAUUUUGAUAAAACUAAAAAUUUAAACAACUUAACCAUCCUGAACACUGUAUUUUU